GCGCAUGCAAGCAACACUUUUUACUUUGCCGAGCUCGUGCAUUAGUUUACUAUCUGUCGUUCGCGAGCGUUUCACUGGAGCUUUGAUUUAAAGGUUUGUCAGGGUCGGGUAACUUUAAGAUUCAGUGGCGCGUCGACCUGCACAAAACACAUCUCAUCUAGGCAAUUCGUUAUUUUUCAUUUUCUCGUUAACGAUGUGCAUAACAAACACGGGUCGCUGUCAGCGUUAGCCAUCGCGUUUUCUAGAUCUGUGCAGUCCGCUCUAUAUAAAAACGGAUUUAGAGGAAAAUUAUGAAGGUCCCUGCGGUAAAGAUGGCAGCCUCUCUGCUCAGGGUAGGACGACUCGGAUCUCUCAGGUGUCUGCAGACGGAGGGCUUGGGCUCUGUCAGAAGAGCAGCUUUCAGCUCCAAAUCUGGGGACAGCAAGAAGCCUAAAAAGUCCAACAAAGAAAAAGCAGCACCAAAAACUUACUUCGAUAUAGAAAAACUUGUCCAGCACAGAUCAUUUGUGGAAUUCCCCAAGAAGGAGGUCGCAGCUUCGGUUGCUGCAGCCUCUACAGAAGCUGCAUCUGUUGCUGCCCCUGCACCUGAACCAGUUGUAACUGCCACCACACCUGCAGCUGAAGCCAGUGUCCCUGUUGCGGAAACCAUUCCUGUAGUUGAAGCCAUUGCCCCCACAGAUAAAGCCAUUCCUGUAGCGGAAGCCGCCGCCCCAGUAGCGGAAGCCGCCGCCCCAGUAGCGGAAGCCGCCGCCCCAGUAGCGGAAGCCGCCGCCCCAGUAGCGGAAGCCGCCGCCCCAGUAGCGGAAGCCGCCGCCCCUGUAACUGAAGCUGCCGCCCCCGCAGCUGAAGCCGCUCCUGUAGUUGAAGCCGCCGCCCCCUCAGCUGAAGCCGCUCCUGUAGUUGAAGCCGCCGCCCCCGCAGCGGAAGCCGCCCCCGUAGUUGAAGCCGCCGCCCCCGCAGCUGCUGAAGCCGUUCCUGUAGUUGAAGCCGCCGCCCCCGCAGCUGAAGCCGCUCCUGUAGUUGAAGCCGCCGCCCCCUCAGCUGAAGCCGUUCCUGUAGUUGAAGCCGCCGUCCCCGCAGCGGAAGCCGCCCCCGUAGUUGAAGCCGCCACCCCCGCAGCUGCUGAAGCCGCUCCUGUAGUUGAAGCCGUCGCUCCCGCAGCAGAAGCCGUUCCUGUAGUUGAAGCCGCCGCCCCCACAGCUGAAGCCACUCCUGUAGUUGAAGCUGUUCCUGUUGUUGAAGCUGCCGCCCCCGCAGCUGAAGCCACUCCUAUAGUUGAAGCCGCCGCCCCCGCAGCUGAAGCCGCUCCUGUAGUUGAAGCUGCCGCCACUGCUGCCCCUGUAGUUGAAGAUCCUGCCCCUGUAGUUGAAGCCACUGAACCUACACCUGAGGCCACAGUUUGCCCUUCAGAAACCAUUGCUGACAUUGCAUCCGCUGAAGUUGAAGCUGCGGCUCCUGAAGCCUCUGCUGCACCAGCCUCUGAAGAUGCACCUACAGAAGAAGCCCCUGUCCACGAAGCAGUUGUAGAAGCUGUCAGUGAAGUAGUGGCAGAAGCUGAGAUGGAAACUUCCCCAGUUGUUGAGGCUGUUGCUGAGGUAGUUGGAGAAUCUGUCCCUAUUGAGGCGGUUGCAGAGGCAGCUCCUGCGGAAGAGCUGAUAGAUCCUGCCCCUGUGAUCUCAGAUGAAGUUCCAGCAGAAGUUGUGGAGACGCCUGAGGCUGGAUUGGACCCCGUUCAGAAACUUUUCCUAGAUUCAAUUCGCGCAUACUCCACAAAAAGCGGUGGUGGCCUAAUUGAUGCUGGUCCAGAAUAUCAGAAGGCUCUUUCUGAGGAAAUUGCUAAACUGCAGAGGUUGUACGGCGGUGGGGAUCUGUCUUCCUUCCCUGACUUCAAAUUCCCUGAGCCUAAAUUUGAUGAAGUGUCCUCCAAGUAAACUUCUGCUCCUCUCUUGUGCCUCGGUGCAAUUUUGUGAAAGAAGUCUACUUAAUGACUUUAAUCUGUAAAAGUGAACAUUUUGUGAGAGUUUUAAUUUUGUGAGACACUAAAUAUUUUUCAGAAAUGCUUAUGUCUGAUGAACAGUACUACCGGUGUCAUGUAUAAUUCACAUGUGGAAGAGAGCAUAGCUUGGCUGUGAAAUAAAUGCUUGUUGCUUUGCAAAAUGUUUGUUUGUGUAAAAUAUCUGGGGAAAAGAGCUGAAUAAACUGAGCCACACCUCUUC